UGCAGACCACGCUGCAGACAGAUGAGGUGAAGAAUGUCCCAUGCGGCACAGGGGGAGGAGUGAUGAUUUACUUUGACCGUAUAGAAGUGGUGAACUACCUUCAUCAAUCAGCAGUUUUCGACAUAGUGAAGAACUUCACGGCGGACUACGACAAAGCUUUGAUAUUCAACAAAGUUCACCACGAGCUCAACCAGUUCUGCAGUGUGCACUCGCUGCAGGAGGUUUACAUCGGGCUGUUCGACCAAAUCGAUGAAAACUUGAAGCUGACUCUACAGGAGGAUCUAACAUCCAUGGCCCCUGGACUCAUCAUUCAG